UCCACCCCACCCCACGCGGGGAGUGGGCAGCGCCGAGCACCGCCACCUCGCCCGGAGGAGCCCGAGUGCCCCGGAGCCCCCCGGCAUGGAGCGCCCGCUCAACCUCAGCUGCUUUGCCGAUAUGACGCCCAACGCCGGCAACCGGAGUGGGUCCUCCGCCGGGCUGGAUGUUGGCCGGGCGCAUCUCUCUGUCUUCAGCGUGCUGGUCCUCACCCUGUUGGCCAUGCUGGUGGUGGCCACGUUCCUCUGGAACGGGCUGGUCCUGGCCACCAUCCUCCGGGUACGCACUUUCCACCGGGUGCCCCACAACCUGGUGGCCUCCAUGGCCAUCUCUGAUGUGAUGGUGGCCGCCCUUGUCAUGCCCCUCAGCUUGGUGCACGAGUUGUCUGGGCGGCGGUGGCGCCUGGGCCGGUCGCUCUGCCAGGUGUGGAUCUCCUUUGAUGUACUGUGCUGCACCGCCAGUAUCUGGAAUGUCACGGCCAUCGCCCUCGACCGCUACUGGUCCAUCACGCGCCACCUGGAGUACACGCUCCGCGUCCGGCGCCGCAUCUCCAACAUCAUGAUUGCCCUCACCUGGGCACUCUCUGCCUUCAUCUCCUUGGCCCCGCUGCUCUUUGGCUGGGGAGAGACUUACUCAGAGGACAGUGAGGCAUGCCAAGUCAGCCAGGAGCCUUCCUACACCAUCUUCUCCACCUUUGGCGCCUUCUACCUGCCCCUCUGUGUGGUGCUCUUUGUGUACUGGAAGAUCUACAAGGCCGCCAAGUUUCGAAUUGGAUCUCGGAAGAGCAACUCCAUCACCCCCAUUACACCGGAAGCCCUGGAGGUAAAAGAAGCUGCCCAGCAGCCACAGAUGGUCUUCACUGUCCGUCACGCCACUGUUACGUUCCAGACGGAUGGAGACACGUGGAGAGAGCAGAAGGAAAAGAAAGCUGCCCUCAUGGUGGGCAUCCUUAUUGGGGUCUUCGUGCUCUGCUGGAUCCCCUUCUUCAUCACAGAGCUCAUCAACCCCCUCUGCUCGUGCGACAUCCCACCCAUUUGGAAGAGUAUUUUUCUAUGGCUAGGCUAUUCAAAUUCCUUUUUUAAUCCACUCAUCUACACUGCUUUCAACAAAAACUACAACAAUGCCUUCAGGAACAUGUUCUUUAGACAACACUGAGCAGAAAAAUCUUUCCUGCCUACCCCAGGAAUUUCAACUCUCAAUGAAGCCUACCAAACUUGUGAGGAAAUUCAAAGCCACAGACAUAGAGGUGAUGCUAAAGAUGCAUCCCCAUGGGUCGUAUGUGCCAGCAACAGUCCUGGUUCCUACGCAGACUCUCCAUCCCAGCCGCUGUUAUUUUUCCUGCAGACAGCAUGUGAGGGUUUCUCUGGCCAGCAGUACAGCAUUC